GUUUUCUUGAGUGUGAAGAAGUAGUGGAAGAAGCAGUGCAAAAGUUGGAUGAUGGCUGUCAUCUGAAAUAUAAAGCAUCCAGGAGAGAAUUUGUUAACUCUAUUUGUAAUUUCCCAGCCAAGGAACAUCUCAUUACUCAUCAGCCAUCAUUCAACUUUUGCACUGCUUCUUCUUCACACUCAAGAAAACUUUUUACCAUAGCUUGUUGAUCCUUUUUCUGAAAGCUCUCCCUUCUUGGCUUCUUCUUUGGCGGCAUUGUAUAGGAGUAUAGGUAGAAGAAUGAUAAACUUGUUGGGCGUGGUCAUUAAUUAUUGAUUAAUAACUAUAAUAAUCAUUCUAAAAAUAGUAUAUCCGCUAGCUCUGGUAGGCAGACAGAAAAGCUCGUUAAAGCGGGGGCGUUUCACACUCCUACUCCUUCCUUAACCCAACAUUAUGGACUCCUGCUUAGAGUGAUUGAAUUUGAGCUGAGCUCACUCAGUGACUCAGACCAAAUUCAAGAGAAUUGAGAUCAUUUUGCAGAGAUCUAGAUCUACACCCCUCUGACCACAACACAUUGCCUUCUAGAUCUAUCAUUGUAGAUCUAACAUAAAAUGGCAGGAGUUUCUCUUGAUUUCUUGAGGACAGUCCUCCUUUGUUCUGGUGUUGCUGUGGUUGGUUUGGCUGCUUUCAGGUACUUCUGUGUCAUUGGGAGGUCGUGUACUAGCAAGAAACGACUGGAUGGUAAGACGGCCAUUGUGACAGGAGCCAAUUCAGGGAUUGGUAAAGAAACAGCCAUUGAUCUGGCAAAGAGAGGAGCUAGAGUCAUAGUUGCUUGCAGAGACGAGAAAAGAGGCAGUGAUGCUGUGCGGGAUAUCAAGGCAGCCAGCAAGAGCGAGGAGGUCAUAUUGAAGAAGCUUGAUCUAGCUUCCAUUGCUUCUAUACGUCAGUUCAGUGAAGAGAUACUUCAAGAAGAGAGUCACAUUGACACACUCAUCAAUAAUGCUGCAACAGUGGUGGGCUCACACCAGCUUACGGAGGACGGGUUUGAAAUGCAGUUUGGCACCAACCACUUGGGACCCUUUCUAUUAACUAAUCUAUUAUUAGACCGUAUCAAAGAAUCAGCUCCAUCUCGUAUUAUAACUGUUUCCUCUAAUGCUAGUUAUCGCGGAUCUCUUAAUUUCGAUGACAUGAUGUGGGCCAACUGUAAAUAUAUACCAUUUAGUGCUUAUGCAAGAAGCAAGCUUGCUAAUAUUAUGUUCAGCAGGGAACUGGCCAAGAGACUGGAAGGUACUGGUGUAUCUACUUAUUCACUACAUCCUGGUGUUAUACGCACUAACAUAGCAAAUUAUCUUUUUGUUGGAUGGAGAGUUAUAUUUCUUCCAUUAGCAUACAUUUUGGCAGUGAUGUUUUUAAAGACUCCAAAGCAAGGGGCUCAAACUACACUCCAUUGUGCAGUGUCGGAUGAAGCUGAAGGUGUUACAGGCAAGUACUGGUCUAAUUGUGCUGUUACUAAACCUAACAAACUGGCUCUUAUUGAUGAAGAUUGCACAAAGCUUUGGGAGUAUAGCAUUGAGCAAGUCAAACUGUGACAAUUGUAGUUUUUGAUAAAGCUAUUUUUGUAGAUGCAUGACUAUAAGUCACAGCUGAUCUGAUUAGGGAUAUUUAUUGGCUUAUUAAUUGUUUUUACAAAUUUGAUUAUAAAAAUAUACUUAUAAAAAUGAG